UUUCCCAAAACUGAAAAAUAUUAAUAUAUCCAGAAUAAACAGUAAAAAGUGCUUCAUGGCAUAACCGUUGCGAUAAAAAUAGCAGCCAUUACCAGGUAAUAAAUGCUGUGACUUUAUAACACAAGAUAUAUGCUUACAGUACCAGAAAUCCGAAAAUUUUAAAUAAAAAAAUGAUUAAAAGUCCAAGGUUGGUCGUUCCACCCCACUGACAUUUAUUAUUCACGCAUCAUGACAAAACCAAAAAAAAAAAUCUACUCAUUAUAUUUCAAUCUCCAUCUCUGUCCUCUUCCCGCCAUCCCACCCUCUCAAAACGGCAAAGUCACUGCUCCCGGUGCCAGUCCUUGCGCCCCCUCACGCGUUACCUCCCACAGACAUCUUCCUCCCAAAUCUCGCCGCAUUUAAACACCCGAAUACCACCACCUCACGCCUUUUAUCCCCCCGAGAAAGAGCCGCUUCGUUCCCCUGCCUGCCCCCACCAAACGCUCCACGUGUCGUCAACUUGGUCCUCCGCGUCACAAAAGACGGUCAAAUCCUGCCUGGCUCCAGACUGCUGACCCCGGUCUGGUACGGCCUCCUUCUCCGACCAACCAAAUCCCAAUCCACUCCCCAAUCCCACAGAAUAACAUCGAAGCCUCUGAUAACGAACGUCUAAUCCGGUACCACCAAUCGGAUGCUGUCGUGCGUACAUUGUAAUAGUUCCUGCGGAGCAGCAAACCGGCGGGCGCGUUUUAAAAUCGAGCAUCGAAUUUAUCAAUUCUCUGGAGAUUCUGCACGCGCGCCUGCGACGACGACUCCUAUAAAAUCCGCUCUCUCUCACUCUCUUUCGAGGGUAGACUGGAGAGAGAAGAGAAAACAUAAGCCCAUCCACCUGUCGCUGUCCCUGCCUUAUUUCCUCUUGUCGCCCAUUAUAGCCCUCCGCUUUUCCGAACCCCCGCCCCCGUGUUGUCUCCGCUCUCCGCAGCCCGAGGCCCUCGCGCUUCCCAAAAUACCCCUCUCCCAUCGCUAAAGCAUAAGAGUCUCUUCCCCCGGUGCCCCUAUUUAUUGUUAUUUCCUUUUUUAUCCCAAAUUAUUUGAAAAUUCUCGCCUCUAAUAAAUUACUAAUACCCCUCACACCCUCUGCUUCUCUCCACUGCGGCUGCUCCGCCAGCGAGCGUUGCUUCCUCUCACCGCGAGAGAGAGAGAGAGAUGGGGAAGGAGGAGAAGCUCGUGGUGGAGGUGGUGGCAGCGCACAACUUGAUGCCUAAAGACGGGCAGGGCUCGUCGUCGCCGUUCGUGGAGGUGGAGUUCGAGCACCAAAAGCGGCGGACAAGCUCGAAAGCGAAGGACUUGAGCCCGGUUUGGAACGAGAGGUUGGUUUUCCCUAUCUUUGAUCAUGAUGAUUUGCCCUACCGUGCCAUUGAUGUUGGUGUCUACAACGAGCGCGGGGCCGGCCCCGGCGGCCGGAACUUUUUGGGGAAGGUGCGCAUCCCCGCCGCCGGCGUCCCCGCCCCCGGGGAGGAGGCCGUUCCCCAGCUCUUCACCCUCGAAAAAAGGAGCCUUUUUUCUCACAUUCGCGGCGAUAUAAGUCUUAAGAUAUACCGGACCACCGGCGACAGAGCCCCCGCCGCGGCGGGGAACAAUGAUCGGAGGGUCACGAAAGCCAAAGCGCACGUGCCGGAGAAGCCGCAGACGAAGCAGGCCGCUACGGCGGUGGUCCAACCUCCGCAGCCCCAGAAGCCUGCUGCGCCGCCGGCUGGGCCGGCGGACCACCCUGCUCCGCCCGACAUCAAGCCGGUGGUCCUCACCUCCGGGACGCCCAUGGGCCAUGAGCCGUACCCCGGCGCCGGGGUCAUGCCCGUCGGCCAGGACUUCUCUCUGAAAGAGACCCGUCCCCAGCUUGGCGGCGGCGGCGGCGGCGGCGGCGGCCACCGCAACAAGGCGAGCGCCACCUACGACUUGGUGGAGCAGAUGCAGUACCUGUACGUCCGGGUGGUCCGCGCCCGGGACCUUCCUGUCGCCGGUGGUGGCGAGUCGCACGCGGAGGUAAAGCUUGGGAACUACCGGGGGUUGACCCAACCUGCCGGAACCCACUGCUGGGACCAGGUUUUCGCCUUCUCCAAAGACACCAUCCAGUCCUCGGCGGUGGAGAUCUUCGUCAAGGAGAAGGGCAAGGAGGAGUUCAUCGGACGGCUGGCUUUCGAUCUCAGCGAGGUCCCGCGGCGGGUCCCGCCGGACAGCACGCUGGCCCCGCAGUGGUACCGAAUGGAAGACAGGAAGGGGGAGAAGGCCAAAGGAGAGGUCAUGGUCUCGGUCUGGUUCGGGACCCAGGCGGACGAGGCCUUCGCGGAGGCCUGGCACUCCAAAGCCGCCGGCGUCCACGGGGACGGCCUUGCCUCCAUCAAAUCCAAGGUCUACGUCGCGCCCAAGCUCUGGUACCUCCGCGUCUCCGUCAUCGAGGCCCAGGAUCUCGUCCCCGGCAAAGAAGGCGCCGCCGCGAUGGGCCGGUUGCCGGACCUCUUCGCCCGGGCCCAGGUCGGGAACCAAGUGCUCCGGACCCGGUCCGCACCCGUCAUGCCGAAUCGCGGUCCGUCGAACCCGCUCUGGAACGAAGAUAUCAUGUUCGUCGUCGCCGAGCCGUUCGAUGACGUGUUGAUGGUUUCUAUCGAGGACCGGCUGGGUCCCAACAAGGACGAGGUCCUGGGCCGGGUUCUGAUCCCCGUUUCGGCCAUCGAGCGGCGGAUGGACGAGAAGCCGGUGGGGUCGAGUUGGGCCACCCUCGACCGGGGUCCGCCCGGUGGGCCGGGCCGGUUCGGGAGCCGGGUGCAUCUCCGGCUCAGCCUGGACGGCGGAUAUCACGUGCUGGACGAGGCGACCGCGUACAGCAGCGACCUCCGGCCAACGGCGAAGCGGCUUUGGUCCCCGCACGUGGGGGUCCUCGAGCUCGGUGUCUUGGGGGCCUCCGGCCUGAUGCCGAUGAAAAUCCGGGAGGGGAAGGGCGGGACGACCGACUCCUACUGCGUGGCCAAGUACGGCCAGAAGUGGAUCCGGACUCGGACCGUCGUCGAUUCGGUGUCUCCCAGGUGGAACGAACAGUACACCUGGGAGGUGUUCGACCCUUGCACCGUCAUCACCGUCGGCGUCUUCGACAACUGCCACAUCGACAAGAAUUCCCCCCAGGCCGGCGGUGGCGGCCCCCGCGACAACCGGAUCGGAAAGGUCCGGAUCCGGCUGUCCGCUCUGGAGACGGAUCGGGUGUAUACCCACGCCUACCCGUUGCUGAUGCUGCAUCCAUCCGGUGUUAAGAAGAUGGGGGAGCUCCAUCUGGCUGUCCGUUUCUCGUGCGCCAACACAGCUAACAUGCUCCACGCCUACCUCCGCCCGCUGCUGCCCAAGGCGCACUACGUGGACCCGUUGAUGGUCCGGCAGGUGGAGAACCUGCGGUUCCAGGCGACCAACGUGGUGGCCGCGCGGCUAGGCCGGGCCGAGCCACCGCUGGGCCGGGAGGUGGUCGAGUACAUGCUCGAUCAUGGGUCCCACCUGUGGAGCAUGAGGCGGAGCAAGGCCAACUUCUUCCGCCUCGUCUCGGUGCUCUCCGGCCCCAUCGCCAUCGGCCGCUGGGUCGAUACGGUCCGCAGCUGGCACCGCCCCGUGCAGUCGUUCCUCGUCGUCGCUCUCUAUGUCGUGUUUGCCUUGUUCCCGGAGCUGAUCCUUCCGACCGCCUGCUUCACAAUGGCGGGCGUGGGGCUGCUGCGGUACCGGCGGCGGCCGCGCCACCCACCGCACAUGGACACCCGGCUGUCGCAUGCUGAUGCGGUGUUCGGGGAUGAAUUGGACGAGGAAUUUGAUACGUUCCCGACGAGCCGGAGCGGAGAGAUCGUGCGGAUGAGGUAUGACCGGCUGCGGAGCGUGGCCGGGCGGGUGCAGACGGUGGUGGGGGACAUGGCAUCUCAAGGGGAGAGGGUGCAGGCACUGCUGAGCUGGAGGGAUCCGCGAGCGACGUUCCUCUUCAUGCUCUUCUGUCUGAUGGCGGCUGCGGUGUUCUUUUUCGUUCCCUUCCGGGCGCUGAUGGCAGCAUGGGGGGUGUAUGCGCUGAGGCCACCGAGGUUCAGGAACCGGCUGCCGUCGCCGGCGAUGAGCUUCUUUAGGAGGCUACCAAGUAAGGCCGAUAGCUUGUUGUGAGGGAGGCGGGAAAAAAAUGGUGCAUUGUUUUGGAUUCUUCGAAGGUACAGUGGUUCUGCUGCAGUGUGGCUCCGCGGCUGGCUGUUUGUCGCGAGCAGAUGUGUCCCUAUCGUAGUAGGUAGUUUCUUGUCAUUAUGCUGCUGUAGUUAUCUGGAACAUGGAGAUUGUCGUUUUGUACCAGGUUCCUAUAUAAUUAUAUGUAAGCGUUUGUCAUGUAUUGGUUGUUGUACUUAGUCUAAAGUUCGUUGGAGCAAUGCAUUGAUCAUUGCCUUUUUGUUGUU